GCGCGCUCCGGGCGGCGGGUACCGGGCCGCGUCCGAGGCUGCGCGUGGGCUGCUGCUCGGGCUAGCCACGGGCCGGCCACCCCCUCGGGAAGCCGAGCCGUAGCCGCCCCGGAGCUCGGCGCGAAGCCCUGGCCUUGGCGGCCGGGGCAUGGGCCAGGGGCGCGGGGGACGGUUUCCUGCAGGGUGGUGAUUUGCAAGCGGCUUCAGCAUGAAGACCCUCAUAGCUGCCUACUCGGGGGUCCUGCGAGGCACUGGCUCCAGCAUCCUGUCGGCCCUCCAGGACCUCUUCUCCAUCACUUGGCUCAGCAGGUCCAAGGUGGAGAAGCAGCUGCAGGUCAUCUCCGUGCUGCAGUGGGUCCUGUCCUUCCUGGUGCUGGGAGUGGCCUGCAGCGCCAUCCUCAUGUACACGUUCUGCACGGACUGCUGGCUCAUUGCAGUGCUCUACUUCACCUGGCUGGUGUUUGACUGGAACACGCCCAAGAAAGGUGGCAGGAGGUCAGAGUGGGUCCGGAACUGGGCUGUCUGGCGCUACUUUAGAGACUACUUUCCCAUUCAGUUGGUAAAGACGCACAACCUACUGACCACCCGGAACUACAUCUUCGGGUACCACCCACACGGCAUCAUGGGCCUGGGCGCCUUCUGCAACUUCAGCACGGAGGCCACGGAAGUGAGCAAGAAGUUCCCGGGCAUCCGGCCCUACCUGGCCACGCUGGCCGGUAACUUUCGGAUGCCAGUUCUGCGGGAGUACCUGAUGUCUGGAGGCAUCUGCCCUGUGAACCGGGACACCAUAGACUACCUGCUCUCCAAGAACGGCAGUGGCAACGCCAUCAUCAUCGUGGUGGGGGGCGCUGCUGAGUCCCUGAGCUCCAGACCCGGCAAGAACGCCAUCACCCUGCGCAAUCGCAAGGGCUUCGUGAAGCUUGCGCUGCGCCACGGAGCCGACCUGGUUCCCACCUACUCCUUCGGGGAGAACGAGGUGUACAAGCAGGUAAUCUUUGAGGAGGGCUCCUGGGGCCGAUGGAUCCAGAAGAAGUUCCAGAAGUACAUCGGCUUUGCUCCGUGCAUCUUCCACGGCAGAGGCUUCUUCUCCUCGGACACCUGGGGGCUGGUGCCCUACUCCAAGCCCAUCACCACCGUGGUGGGUGAGCCCAUCACCGUGCCCAAGGUGGAGGAGCCGAGCCAGCAGGACAUCGACCUGUACCACGGCAUGUACAUGGAGGCCCUGGUGAAGCUCUUCGACAACCACAAGACCAAGUUCGGCCUCCCAGAAACUGAGGUCCUGGAGGUGAACUGAGCCUUGCCCGGGGGCCCGCUGCAAAUCGUUUUCUACCAAGUUCUCGAGUGCUUUUUUUUUUUUUUUUGGUUCUGUAAAUUUGGAAGCGUCAUGGGUGUCUGUGGGUUAUUUAAAAGAAAUUAUAAUCAUUUUGUUAAACCACUACCAUGGUAGGUCUUUCUUAAGAAGGAGCAAGUGGAUGCGUCAAGCUCUUUCCCGCCUAGCCGUGUCCUGUUGGAGGUGGUGGCCAGUCCAUCCGGGCCUUUGUGGUUUCACCCUCUCUCUUCCCUUCCCGAAGAGAGAACUGCGUCCGGGUCAGCUGGGGAAGGAGGUCCUGUCAGUGACCGCUCAGGCCAGCCAAUGCCGAGUUCCCUGUCUCUGACUGCAGGGUCCCUGGGUCCCACCGAGGGGAGGAAAGUCAGGAGGACAGUGUGGCCCACCCUGUGCAGGGCACGGUGAGGAGCAUCUGGAAUGCUCCAGCUUGACCCUCCUCCUUUCCUCCCCCCAAUCCCCUCUGAGAUUCCAGACUGAGCCUCACCUGGCCCUCGGCGACGCCAGGGUUGUUCCAAAUGCAACGUCUUCUAGACCGUCCGGCCAUCCCGUUGUGGUCAGAGACCAGUUUCCUCAGGGGCUGACAUGACAGACUGGCCUCAGCCUCCUGGUGCUUCCCGGUGACUUGACCAUGUGCCCAGGUGUGGGUGGGGACAGGGUCCCAUUCGCCUGUGCAGAGGCAGCAGAUUGUCCCUGAGCCCAAGCCUCACAUAUCGGUGCCUUUCUGAGGGGUGGGGGCCAGGCUGGGGGGAACCCGGCCCCUCUUCUAUGUGUUGUUUUCUCUUAAGGAGAGCAUUGUACCACGUUGGACUGUUGAUUAUUCCUAAGCCAAUAAAUGAGAAUGAGACUCCUCUA